AUGAGGCUAAAAUAUCAAAUAGAGCUUCUGGAUAACUGGGUUGUUGCUAAAAAGCACAAGCUGAUUUUAUCAGUUUAUGCAAUAUUAAAUAUACAAGAUAAUAAGUAUGAGCAUACUAAUAUGAUAAUAUAUUUGGGCCCAAUGUUUAUAAGAAUCUGUAGUGAUAAGUAUGAUAGUAGUACUGCAUAUUCUUAUAGAAAAGAUUUUGAUAACCUUAUAGGUGAGAAGCAAUUGUGCAACUAUACCACAACAAUAGAUGAACAACUUAAAUCUAUAGUGGUAAUAUUAAGCAAUAGUGGUUCUGAUGAGAACUCUUGA